CUUCAAAGGAAACUUAUUAUUCGAUAUGUUAUUUACAAAACCGCGCCAAAAACAACAAAAAUCUUAUUUAUAUUUUAAUUUUUACUAAACCUCUUUUGUUAAUAGUGCAGUAACAACAUAUGUAAAAUGAGCACGACACCAAAAAAAAUACAAUCAGCUGCCAUUGAUUCAAGUACCACUGAGCCUGAGGAGCAGCCACGCACACGACGCUCCACACGCAGACCAAGCCCCACAAAAAAGUAUAAAGAGUACAGGGACAAGUCCGGAGGUCAGCGAGUUGUCAACUAUGCUGAGGAGGAGUCUCAGUCAGAAGAAGAUGAAGAUGAAGAGAAUGUGGGUGCUGCAAAGCCAAAUACCCGAGAUAUACAGCUAAUACAGGCCGACUACAAUGUGGCGGGGACUAGCUUAUUUGGCUUCAAUACGCCCAAGAAGCGCGAUGCUAUGGCACUAGCUGCACUCAAUGCUACGCCCUGCACUCCGAAGACACCAAAGACGCCGCGCCUGGGUCUCAAGACCCCAGACACGAAGCGCAAAAAGGCAGAUCAGCCCAAGACGCCGGCACAUGUGAGAACGCGGGUGAAACAACAGAUAGCCAAAAUUGUGGCUGACUCCGAUGACGAUUUCUCCGCGGACAGUGACUUCCAUCCAGGCGACGACGAUUCCUCGAGUAGCAGCAGCAGCAGCAGCAGUGAAGGCGGUGCCAGUUCUGACAACGACGGCGCCGACGAUGAGUCGAAGACGCCAUCUAAGGCUCGUCGAGCCAUAGUUGUGCCUGUGCUGCCGAAGACGCCGUCGGCCGCCCGCCAGCGACAGUCGGCGCGUGUGAAGAGAUCGAACGAGUUUGUGCCCGAGAGUGAUGGCUACUUUCAUUCUCAUGCCAGCAGCAAGAUUCUCACGUCGGAUCAUACGCUAGAUCGCCUGAAGAAUCCGCGAUUAGCCGCUGAUCGUUUGUUUACUCUGCUGGCCGACAUGAAAGCAUCCCCAGAGCACGAGAUGGCCAUCAAUGCCAUUAUGGAAGAGUAUCGCUCGUACUUUGCCAAAUGGAUGUGCAUUCUAAACGAAGGAUUCAAUAUUCUGCUUUAUGGCCUCGGCUCGAAGCGACAGUUGCUGCAAUCCUUUCAUCGUGACAUACUCGCCCAGCAAACCGUACUGGUCAUCAAUGGCUUCUUCCCCAGUUUGACACUGAAAGAUGUCUUGGAUAGUAUUACUAGCGAGAUUCUAGAUGCUGGCCCAAGUCCAGCCAAUGCCCACGAGGCCGUCGACAUGAUCGAAGAGGAGUUUGCACUCAUACCAGAAGCACAUCUCUAUUUGAUUGUUCACAAUCUAGACGGUGCUAUGCUCCGUAAUGUGAAAUCUCAAGCCAUUCUCUCCAGAUUGGCACGCGUGCCCAACAUUCAUCUAUUGGCCUCCAUAGAUCACAUCAAUACACCUUUGCUUUGGGAUCAGAACAAGCUAAGCAACUUUAACUUCUCCUGGUGGGAUUGCACCACCAUGCUGCCCUACACAGAUGAGACGGCCUUUGAGAACUCAUUGCUGGUGCAGAAUUCUGGCGAACUGGCGCUGUCUUCGCUGCGCAGCGUCUUCUCCUCGCUGACAUCAAAUUCGCGCGGCAUCUACAUGCUGAUUGUCAAGUUUCAGCUGAAGAACAAGGGCAAUGCCAACUAUCAGGGCAUGCCCUUCAAGGACUUGUACUGGAGUUGUCGCGAGGCCUUUCUGGUUAGCUCCGAUUUGGCACUGCGCGCCCAACUGACUGAGUUUCUGGAUCACAAGCUGGUCAAGUCGAAGCGCAGUGUCGACGGCUCCGAGCAGCUGAACAUACCGAUUGAUGCGUCGCUCCUGCAGCAGUUUCUCGACGAGCAGGAGAAGAAAUAGUCGCAACAUAUUUAGAACAUAUUAAUUUAUUAUCUAAUUUGUUAAAUACAAUUACAAUAUGUCACUUUAAAAAUGGUUUCUUCUCCUUCGCUUUGUUCGCCCGUGUUGUAACGUCCCUGACCCCGCCCCAGUUUUACUAUAAAGUUCUAUUACAUAUGCAUAUAUAUAUAUGUAUAUAUAUGUG